GUGCAUACGUAUUUUAUUUUUCAAUACACUAUAGCUUCUUCCUCACAACGAUAAAUAAAGCGUAUAAAGUUGAGAAGACACAUAGAUAAAGCACAAUAUGAAUAUAAAUGAUCUACCGGCAGAGAUGCUGAUCGAGAUAUUCACUUAUGUACCAGAACGGGAUUUCCUUAGAAAUGUUCGCCAUGUCUGUCAAAUAUGGAAUCUCAUUUCAACGUCACCAAUCCUUCGACAAAAUGUGGAUAUAAAUAAAUACAUGGAUUCAUACGCCUAUCCUCUGAAAUAUUUCUCGGCCAUACAACUCUUUAUAAGGAAACUUGUUAUGCAUUCUACAUAUAUACAGACAUUCGAGAAACAUCACCAAGAUGUGAAAUUUGAAAAUCUUAAAUCAUUGCAUAUAACUAGUAAGGUGCAAUGUACUUGGUGGCCAAAUUCUAUAUUCAAUAACUUUUUCUCUAUGUUUCCAAAUGUUCAGAUAAUCAAGAUCACCCCUGAAUUUUAUAGGGAUGCUGAAAAUUGUUUAUAUGCAUUGUCUCAAUUCUCGAUCAUUGAAUUAGACUUUGGAUAUUAUCAUGGUAGCAAUUCGUAUGGUUCACCAGGCAACCUACACUUGCACUAUAGGAUUAUACAAUUUGUCAAAGUUCAAAGAAGUUUGAAAAUCUUAAAACUCCGGGCGUCGGACUAUUUUGCGGAAGAUACGGUGGCGCAAAUUCUUGAAAAAUGUCCAACGUUGACUUCCUUGUAUAUUUCAGGAGCCUAUGUAUCAGCGGAAUCCUUCAAAAUCUCGACAAAUGUUUUGGCUUUAACCGAGUUUUAUAUAAAAUCAAAAAACGAGUUUAAAGAUGACGACUUAGAGGCAUUAACAAAACGUGCUCCAUGUCUAAAAACUCUAAAUAUUGAAGGUUGCAGGUCGAUAACAGAACGUGGAUUUCUCCAUAUUGCACAUAAUUGUUCUCAUCUCAAGAGGCUGUUUAUUGGAGAAUUAGAUUCGAAUUGUGUAACUGAUGUAGAAAGUGACAUCAUCACAAAAAUAGCAAAAGCGUGUCCUCAUCUAGAAUUUCUUUCUGCAAAUGGCUGUUCAAAACUUGAAGACGAUUGUAUAAUGGAUCUGGCUACUUCAUGCGGCAGUCUUCGGGGUAUAAAUCUAAACGGUUGUACCAAUAUUACAGAUGUUUCAUUUUUUGCACUAGCUGACCAUUGUCCAUUACUGAAUGUGUUCGAGUUACGAAACAGUGUUAUAUCUCUCAAAUGUGCAAUGUAUUUGAUACAGCAUUGCAAAGGUCUUACCAAAUUGAAUGUGUCGAACUGCAACAAUAUUGAGGACAAAAAUGAUUCCGAACUUGAAAAUAUGUUGGAGGCCCAGACUCAAAAUAGUCAACCAAGAACUAAAUCGUCAGUCAAUAGUGAACCUGAUACGGUGUCUAUCUCCCAAAUGCAUUGUUUCCACUCUCACUUGAAAGACUUAGAUCUAAGUGAAAGCAUGCAUGUUACAAGAACGUUAGUGACCAAGUUAACUAGAAUAUUACCAGAUCUGAUAUCCCUCAAGUUGUCAGUAUCGGUUGAUAUUGAGUCGGAUAAGGAAUGGUUCCAGGAAAUAUUUGAGAACUGUGUGUGUUUAUCCGAAUUCAAACUAUCUACGAUAACAAUUCAGAGGCAAGAUUACCUAAAGUAAUAAGUGUAAUGAAGGUGGGAUUUUAAUAUGCUUCUGGCAUUUAUGUUAGUUUACCAUUCAGCGUUGAUUGCUAUUCAUGAUGGGUUUUCAUAAUGAUGCAGAAAGUUAAGGGUUUUGCUGUCUUCAAGUCUUACUUUCAUAUGAUUUUAUUUGACUAAUGUAUGUCAUAUUUAGUACAUUAGUUUUUCUUUUUGUAAAAGACAAAAAUGAAUAAAUUGUGCGAACAGUACCACUGGUCAACCAACAACUUCUUACUCAUGCUCAGCACCUAUUAAUUCUUACAAGUUUAAGUGUGGUUAUUUUUGUUUGCCCAAUGGUAUUUGUCUUUCUUUUUUGACGACAUAUAGAUACUUCAUCUGUACGAAAAAUCCAGUUUUGUCUCUACACACAAAUAAAACUACUAAAAAGAGUGUUAAAAAUAAGCCGAUGCAUGGGAUAACAAGUCACCAGAUACCAAAGAAAGAGAAUGGAUGCAGAGAACUACAUAUCACCGUACUGCCUUGAACUAUCAAGCCCAAUCCGCAAAGAAAACUUUAAAAAGCCCCGGCAUCACAAAAAAUGAAACAAAUCUUACAAAAGAUAAAAACAACGACAUGAUUUAUGCAAAAACAAUAAGAAAAAUCAAAUAUGGCAAACAGGUCAUAGAUGCAUAUUUUCGAGUGGUAUUUUGGUCUUUGUAAGAGAAUAAGGUCAAGCCUUUCCAUUCUAUGAAAGAAAAUAUAAUUGUAUAGUACAUUCUCCUAGCUCAUGACAGUUGGAUUUGAUGAUACUGUCAGAGGGCAAAAGUAUUUCACCACUUGAAAAUUUUGCUAUUAUAUAAUACAUCUAUAUCAAGAACACUAAAAACAUUAUCCUUCAGUUAUUUUGUCCAAUUUGAAUGAAACUUUAACCGAUAAACGAAAAAAAGUUUACGGUCUGCAAUUUUGUGCCAUUAUUAUGAUACCUGUGUUUGAUAAAAUAAUGAAGGAAAUAACUGUUUAAAGAUGAUUUUGAAUCAGCAUGAAAGAAAUGGAUGGAUAUAGGAAAAGAUAAUACUUGGUUCACUACUUUUCAAAAAGAGUUCUUUUCAGAUCCAACCGUCGAG